CAAGGGACCAGUUUCAAGGUCCCACGACCGCCACCGUCCGCGGAGCAAUCAAAACGUCCAUCAGUUCGCUUUCAUCGCCUUCUCCAGAAAAGUUUUCCCCACCUAGCUAGAAGCUAGCUCGUUUGUCACUAGAUUUCGACGGCCUUCCCGAAGAUUUCUUUUCUCCACAAUGUAUCACGCAAAGACAACCACCGAUUUUAACAUGUUCAGUCAACAGUGUUGCUUCAUGGACGAGGCCAAGUAUGGAGCCGCUAUCGGCUCCACUAGCCGUCGGGUUUUCGGCUUGGCCUCCGUCGCCGCCACUUCCGCCGUUGGCCCACUCACCGCUCCAGGAUGCAGUCCACGCCGACCACAACCAUCGUCGGAUCCUCAACUCUUGCAGAAACCUGCCGGAUUGCCUGACGACUACAGUUCCUCAGCUUCACCAGAUCAAUUCUGCCGAGCAAUCUCCACUACAGUUCACGCAUCAACCAAAUUGCGAUUUAAUUGUGGUUCUCGACGAGCAAACGACCUACACGACUACAAUGACACGACGUUCCCUACCGAAAGCGGACCGUUAUUUGAGCGAGCCCAACAUGAGCACGCCACAAGCUUCCCACGGGAGCUUUGAAUUUGAUGUACCAGAGUACACAUCCUUCGACUAUGCAUUCGAUUUCCCACCGGUUCCAGAAGCCUUCCCACCAGCCGCCAAUAGUUCCUCGGCUGCAUCUCCAGAUGCAGAUUUUCUUGAUCUGGAUUCUCUCAUGAGCUGUGAUAUCACAUCUCUUGACGCCUACAUUCAUGAUGAUUCCAUUGCCUCUCCUUCUAACGCUUCACACAUUUCUCCUCCAGCGUCGGACAUUGAUCCAGUUGACGAGUUCUUUCCACAGCUUGUGCACAAUAAUAAAAUUCAAUCAUCUUCCUCCUCAACAGUUGAAACGACAAUAACACGUGGGCGCAAAACUUCAUCGGUAUCGUCCGAUUCGUCAUCGGACUACCGUCAUAAACGGGAUAAGAACAAUCUAGCAUCCCAAAAAUCUCGUCAAAAGCGCCAAGCCAAAAUUCGCGAAUCAAAGGAGGAAAGAGAGCGUCUAGAGAAGCGAAAAGUUCAACUUCAAGCAAUGGUUUUAACCUUGGAGACUCAAGUCGAGGACUACAAGCGAUUGGUCAUGAUGUUUGUAAAGCGAUAAAUAUAUUAAUCAGAUCGCGUUUUUUUCUCAUUUUAUUGUGUGUGUACAUAAAUUCAAAUUUAAUUUUAUUUUGUUCUCGUUUUUUUCCUCAUUACUUAUCCCUUAUCCCUUAUUCACCAACCUCAUUUUAUCUCAUCUCAUCUCAAUAGCAAAUAGUAUUUAUAUUCCUUUUCAUUAAUCAAAAUAAAGUAGAAAAAUAGAAAUAA